AGAAAAGGGGCGGGUCCGAGCAGGGCUCGAGCCGCCGCUCCGCCGCCUCGGAUAUUGGGCGAGACGCCAUGGACUUCAACGUGAAGAAACUGGCGGCCGGAGCGGGCACUUUCCUCAGCCGCGCCGUUCAGGUAUCCAUUCGUCAGCAGAAUAUCUCCAGCAAAGGUUUCCCUUACCGCCCCAGCACUUUUACUUUCAAAGUCCAUCAGGAUCUCUUUCCUUGAUCGCCACCUCUUCCUCAUCUACCUGCAGCCCCUUUGCAGCAUCAUCCACAGAUUGGGGCAGCCUCCACAGUUUACAGAGGAAAAGUUGGGCCAAGCUGAGAAGACAGAGUUGGAUGCCCAUCUGGAGAAUUUGCUGAGCAAAGCAGAAAGCACAAAACUAUGGACUGAGAAAAUAAUGAAACAGACUGAAGUGUUGUUGCAACCAAACCCAAAUGCCAGAAUAGAAGAAUUUGUGUACGAGAAACUGGAUCGCAAAGCACCACCACGUCUAAAUAACUGUGAACAAUUAGGCCAGUAUAUGCUUGAAGCUGGAAAUGAGUUUGGUCCUGGAACUGCAUAUGGCAGUGCCCUUAUUAAAUGUGGAGAAACAGAAAACCGAAUUGGAGCUGCAGAAAAGGAAUUAAUACACUCAUCGGAAGUUAACUUUUUGGCACCCCUUAGGAACUUCCUGGAAGGAGACUACAGAACAAUAUCUAAAGAACGUAAACUCUUGCAGAAUAAAAGACUUGAUUUAGAUGCAGCAAAAGCAAGACUGAAGAAGGCAAAGGUCUCAGAGGCCCGUUCAGCGCAACUAAACGCUUCUGAAGCUGAAGGAGACAACUUUAUGGCGGAACAGGAAAUGCGAAUUACACAAAGUGAUUUUGAUCGCCAGGCAGAGAUCACAAGACUUUUGCUUGAAGGAAUUAGCAGUACACAUGCUCAUCAUCUUCGUUGUCUGCAUGACUACGUUGAUGCCCAGUUGACCUAUUAUGCUCAAUGUUACCAGUAUAUGGUUGAUUUACAGAAGCAACUUGGAAGUUUUCCAACCACCUUUUCUUCCAACAACAAUCCGACUGCUUCGGCUUCCCUUUCAUCUAAUACUGUGCCCCCAAGUUCUGCAUCUUCCGUCCCAUUGUGCAUACCGAACUGUCCAAUAGGCACAGCUGGUAGCACUGACUAUAAAAUGUCAUCCAGUGGUACCAGAAAGGCUAGAGUUCUCUACGAUUAUGAUGCUGCAGACAGUAGUGAGUUGUCACUUCUGGCUGAUGAGGUUAUAACAGUUUAUAGUCUGCCAGGAAUGGACUCUGACUGGUUGAUGGGUGAAAGAGGAAAUCAGAAAGGAAAAGUCCCCAUUACAUACUUAGAGCUGCUAAAUUGAGCAUGUUACUACCUGAGCCUUUCCUACUGGUUGUAAUUGCAAUAUAUUUAAUUACAGCUAACUUUGUAUAAACAGUUUAUGAAAUGUCUUCCACGUAAGUUGUCCCUGAAAUAUUAGGGAUCAGUUGAAUUCCAUGUGUGGCAAAAGUUGCAUGUUGGACACAACACUCAAAGUGAAUAUAUCAGCCCUUGCUUUUGAAAACUUCAAAUAUUUUUGUGCCAUGAAUAUUAUUUGCUACAUGAUAAUAGCUUCAUUUUCUAUUUAAUAUUUCAUUAAUUAAAAUAACUUUAAUACUUUAGUGGUUGAAAAUGCAUUUCUUAAUUAAACCAACUUGAAUACAAAGUCCCUGUAUUUCUAAAAAUUUAUUACCAGAAACAUGGAAUUUAGCUUAAGUUACAUGCGCUUAACUAAAUGUUAAAAUUGAUGUACAGCAUUGCCAAAAUAAAACAAAUUGCCAAAA